UGCAAUGUGAGAUUCUCGUGUCUCGUGCCAAUUCUAAAGAAAGGUAUAUAUGCAUUGAUCACUUAGCUUUGUUCAUUCUGUGAAGUGUGUAGUUUUAACUAGCAAGUUGAAAAAAGACGACGGAAAAUAGAGAUAACAAAGGUGAGAAAAAAAAAAAAAAAAAACUAACAAUACUUAAAAAUAGAGCAAAAAGACACGAACGCUGGAAUAGAGCAUGCAUGCAUGCGUGGAGGAAAACAGUUAAAAGUGGUCAAUUCCUUGUACAUGACGAAGCAACUAUUUCGGCUUCUGAUUCGUUACCUCCAUCUCUAACACUGCCAUUUGUCCUUCCUUCACGUAACAAAAAUGUUGCACUAAACCAUGCCACAAGCUAUUCUAUUCUUACCUUACCUAGUAAGUCACACUUCUCACACAAAAAGUUGUCACAAUUUUCAGUCACAUGUCGUCUUUUCUUAUCCCCUUCGCUAAAAAACCAGAAAAGAGACUAACUCUACCAUGCUCAACUCAACCAACCGCGUCUUAUUUCUUCUUUUCUUCUUCUUCCUCGUCUUUCAAACAACAUCGUUAGCCUCAGGGUCCCCCAUUCAUGAAAGGUCCUUUCAUAGACCCGAUCCCUUACAAAAUUUCAAAGACUACAAUGGAGGUUUCGACCUUCGAAACAACCAUUACGUGGCUUCUGCGGCAUUUACAGGAGUCCAUGGAUACGCAUUUGCCUGCGUUUGGUUGCUAUGUGGGCUGGUUUUGGCCAUUUUCCUUAUAGUGAAGUCUCUAUGCGGUGGCUCUGCUACAUUAACUAGUUUGGACCAUUACCAUCUCCACAUUUUCUUUCUACUUCUCUUCUUCACAUUUCUCGCCAUAAUUGCUUCAAGUUUUGUCAUGGCAACGAGCCAGAAGACCCUAAAGAGGACAGAAAAACUGAAAGAAUCCGUGGUAGGUAUAGGAGAAGAUGCUCUUGGGACCCUAGGCAGAGUAAUAAGAACAACGAACCAAAUGCAGCUUCUUUUGCUUCCGUACAAUCCGCAAAUGUGUGAGAGUUUGAAUUCCACCACUCAAGACCUCAGAACUAACUCGCGUGUGAUACGCCGUUUUAUUGACAGAAGUGAACAAUCAUUCGACCGGGCCACUCAUACAUCAUAUGUAGCACAUUUCGUUGUUCUAACCGUCAACUUGGUGACACUGGUUGCAGCAAUAGUUCUAAUGCUGCUGUAUUGGCGUCCUGGGUUUAUAAUCAUAAUUUUUUGCUUUUGGAUCUUAACAAGCCUGUGCUGGUUCUUGACUGGCUUUGAUUACUUCCUUCACACCUUUGCAGAAGAUGCAUGCACUGCUUUUGAAGACUUCGAAAAAAACCCACAAAACAGUAGCCUGGGGUCGAUGUUGCCGUGCAUGAAUGAAUCUUUGUCUGGGAAAUUGAUAGUUCAAAUUGGCUACACCAUCCACAGAUUUGUAGUUGAGUUGAAUUCUAACAUGUCGAUGAUUUAUCGGGUCUUAGGAGUAAGUGCAGAAAAUGAAGAACUAAUUGGAGUCAUAAAAAUUUGUGACCCUUUUCCUGGACCCUCAAACCUUAACUACAUUCCACAAAACUGCCCUCGUAAUGCCAUUAGGAUUGGUGAUUUAUCAAAAAUUCUUGCAAAAUUCACCUGUCACGAAGAGGGCACAGGAGAAGAAUGCAAAAAAGAGGGAAGAUUUCUUCCUGAAGCCUCAUACAACAUGGCUCAUGCCUACAGCAGAUCCAUACAGGAUUUGCUGGAUAUCUAUCCAGAAUUGCAAAGACUGUCAAAAUGCACAGUUGUGAAGAACAAAGUUGCUGAAAUUGUCUCAAAUCAAUGCAAGCCAAUGAGAGUUUCAACUAAAUUGUUAUGGUCAUCUAUGUUGUCUCUCUCCAUUAUUAUGGUAGUCUUGGUAUUGACCUGGGUGGCAAAGGCUCUUCAAUGGGGAAGACCACUUUCUAUAUAUUCUAGGACCCCAGAAUCAACAUAGGAUGUUUUAUUAAUUUUCAAACUUAAAAAAGGUAGAAUGUCAAACAUAGGUGCAGCUUUUAUGCUUACCUUUUUUUUUUUUUUUCUUUUUCUUUAUAGUUUCCCCAGAUAAGUAUCAAACAAAAUAACACUAAGACCAGAGUCGGAAUGUAAAUAAUUGAAAUUAUUUGUUUUAAGUGUGAAUAUUACAGGUGAAAAAAAAUAAGUGUUUUAUUUCAGUGUAACGACAUACAGGAGGUUUUUUAACUGAAAGGGUUAAAUUUUGGU